AUGAAUAGCAACAGUUACAACACUCGGAACCACCCUAACAACCGCAAUAGUCGCUAUAAUGAUCGGAACCGUGGGAAUCACCAAAGCAACAGAGUAGAGCACCCCACUUGUCCUAAAUGCUCGAAAAGACACCCGGGAGAAUGCCAAGCCAGCACCAAAAUAUGUUUCAAGUGUGGUCAGACAGGACAUCUAAGAAUAGAUUGCCCACAAUGGAAAUCGGGACAGAACAGUAAUAGCAAUCUGGUGCUAGCACGGGUUUUUGCCUUAACUCAGAAAGAAGCAGCCAACAGCAACGCUCUAGUCACGGAUCAGCUCCUUAUAUCUGGUAUGAUUUGCAGAGUCCUUAUUGAUUCAGGAGUGACUUACUCCUAUGUUUCCAUGAAUAUGAUUGAUAAGUUGGGUAUGCCUUGUAAACUGUUUGAACAUCGUUUUAGUGCAAUGUUACCGUCAGGAGAGAUGAUGUUGUCAACUAGGUGGUUGCAAUUAGCACCUAUAAUAAUAGAGGGCAGGGAGUGCUCGACAGACCUUAUAGAACUAAGUAUACCAGAUUAUGAUGCCAUACUUUGCAUGGAUUGGCUAUCCAAACAUGGAGCGAUGAUUGACUGUUGGAAAAAGACUGUGGAGUUCAGACUAGAAGAAGGAGAAAUAUUUUCUUUUAAAGGAAAAGUAGCGGGCUUUCGUACACCCAUAAUAUCGACACUAAGCACGGAAUAUGAUGCAACAUGA